AUGAGUACCAGCCAGGAGGAUAGACCCUUUGUUAGGGCUGUGAGGAAGAUCAAAUGUGCCGCCAUGGUCCACAGUCUUGCCAAGAGCUGGCAGGGCUGGGCCAACGAGAACGUGGUCAAACAAGAGACCAUACCCUCCGGGUGGAUGCCCACCUCCAUCAUUGAGGACGAAGAAAGGGAGAAGCAGAACGAGACAAAAAUCCUAGUCAAGACACGUGUGGUCGAGGCGGACACCGACAGCGGCAGUCUGAUCCGAACGGGUGAGGUGACCAAGAGCCACAUGCCAAAGUACAGUGAGUACAGCACUGACCUGGUAUGCUCAAUCAAGGACAAGAUCCAGAUGGCACCUGAGGAUGCCAACAAGCCCUUCCUGGGCAACGAGUCACCCACCCGGAGACGCCUGGGUGUGAGAGCUCAGGUACAUCUGGGUAGUCAGGAGCGGAAGAUGGGCUCCCGUAGCAGCAGCCUGGACACAGAGGACAGCGGGUUGGGGGAGGAGGCCGGACUCAGCGACAACAGCGACCAGAGUGACCUGAACCAGCUGAAGAAACAGAUCAAUAGGCCCAAGAUUAGAGUCACCACCAUGGGUGACAUCAAGAGCAGGUGGCAGCAGUGGUCCCAGCAGCACGUAGAGGGUCAGAAGCUCAACCCCUUCAGUGAGGAGUUUGACUAUGAGCAUGCCAUGGCCCAGCGGUUGCAGAAGGGUGAUGAAGGCUACGGACGCCCCAAAGAGGGAUCCAAGACGGCCAUGCGUGGCGACCGAGCCCAGAAACAUGUGUACAAAGAGAUGGAGGAGUUGUGCUGGAUCGUCAAGGACAUGGGCCUCAAGGACAAGAACGGCAAAUCCUACAUCACUUUCGGCAGGCUGUUUGACCGCUAUGUCAAAAUCUCGGACAAAGUGGUGGGCAUAGUUUUGCGCUGCCGUAAACACAAAAUGCUUGACUUUGAGGGAGAGAUGCUGUGGAAAGGCCAGGAUGACCAUGUCGUCAUUACUCUGAGAGAUGUGAAAGAAGACUGA